AUGCCUAAGAGAAAGGCCAGUGUAACUGCAGUAGGGAAAGCAAAGAAGCAAGCUAAAAAAGCGGCGGAUAGCAGCAAAGCUAAAGGUGGCAAGUCUUCUGCGGUGGAUAAGGAGCCAACUGUGGAAAUAAAACAUGACCAAUCGUCUGUAGAGAAAGAAAAUCAAUCUCAUGGUAAAUCGAGCUCAAACUGGAAUACAAAAAUUACUUCUUGGAAUGUUAACGGUAUAAAAGCAUGGUUCAAGAAAAAUGGACAUUCCUACCUGACUGACAGUAACAUAGAUAUCAUCUGUCUGCAAGAAACGAAAUGUGCCGAAUCAGAGAUACCAAAUGAAAUUAAACUAGAUGGCUACCAUACCUAUUUUUAUUCUGCAGAGCAAAAAGGCUACAGUAGCACAGGGUUGCUAUCAAAGGUGAAGCCCCUAAAGGUUACUUUCGGAAUCACAAAUAUUAUAUUGCAUAUAAAAUUUCGUACAGAUAUUGAAAAGCACGAUAAAGAAGGGCGUGUCAUUACGGCAGAAUAUGAUAAAUUUUUCCUCGUUGGAGCUUAUCUGGCUAAUCCGAAAACAAAUACAAAAACUGCCGGAUUCACUAAAGAAGAAAGGGAAGGAUUUGGGAAAUUAUUGGAUUGCGGAUUUAUUGAUACUUUUCGUCACUUUUACCCAAACAAAACUAGUGCUUAUUCCUUUUGGAGCUAUAUGUCCAAUGCGAGAUCUAAAAAUAUUGGAUGGAGACUGGAUUAUUUUGUUACUUCCAAAAAUUUAAUACCAAAUGUAGCAGAUAGCAUCAUCCGUUCAGAAAUUGAAGGCAGCGAUCACUGCCCGAUUGAACUACUUCUGCAAAUAUAA